UUGGUGGUACAGGUCUACGAUUGCGUAUCUAAAUGGGCAAAAAAAGCAGUGGAUGCUGUAUUUUAACGGUUGAAUAAAUGUGAUGCAAGAAGGCAUCCGUGACCAGAGAGUGCACAUUACCGGACUCCAGGUUGAUUCCCUUUUUCCAGCGUGGCAACCAUCCUGUCUGACUCCUGCUCCUCUAGUUUUCCUGGCCCAUGGACUCGACUCCAGCAUCAGGCUUCAGUCGGAGGCCGGCCGCCUCCUCUUCCUCAAGUGGCGUUAGAGAGACUACCAGGAGCCCUCCUCCCUGCUCGCCCUCUUUGUCUCCGUCAUCCGAUCCGUCUUCGCCCCUGUCGACGUCAUCCUCUGUCUGCGCCAACUCCUCAGCUUAUCAGAACCAUGUAAAAGGUCAGACCCAGUGGUCGGAGGUGGCCAGGGUGUCCUCCACUUCUGCCUCUCUAGCAACACAGUUUUCCUCCACGCUUGCACCCGACGCAACCUCCUCGAAACUCUUCCCUCACAAGUCGGUGCAGCCACGUGUUCAUCGUGAAGAAGAAGGCGGGAAAAGGGACAUGUACGAUCCUUUCCAACCAACUGAUGGAGUGAUGGGGGAGGAAGGGGAGAAAUAUGACCCCUUUGACCCCACUGGUUCCCCGGCAUCAGAUGAUGAUGAUGAUGAUGAUGAAAGUGGCAAAGUGAGGGGCGGGAAGAGAAAGGCUGAGCGAGGAGGGGAUGAUGAGAAAAAAGAGGAAGAACCUCCCGAUUCCACUGACACCUUGACUUACCUGCCCAGCCCUGAUCUGUCCACCCAGCUCCCUCUGAGACGGAGAGUGGACUGUCGCUCGGCCAAAACCAGGGAGCAGCGGGGUGCUGACUCCGACCACUCUGAGAUAGAGGAAGGGGAGAUAGUUGGAGCUGUGGACAGAGAUGGAGGCAAAAAGAGACCAGCUGCAGAAAUCCUCCCCAUGAAUUCUCCCAGCGUCUCCUUCUUUGGCUCAAAACCAGAGCGCAUCCUCCGGGUGCUGGACGGCGAUGGCUUUGUGUCCGUCCGCACAGAGAGCAACUGGGAGGAGGACGGGGAUCCUGAGGAUGAGCCUGUGGUCGGAGUGGAGGAUCUGAGAAGGAAGUUGGUCAGCAGGCGGAAGGAAAGAUAUCUCUCCUUUCCUGCUUCCUCUCCCCUCUCUCCUCAGCCACCGCCUCCCUCCCAUCCUCCAGUUUCUACGCCCUCUUCCCCUCUCGCAGCUCCGAUAGAGCAAGUCGCCAAGAACCGCAGCAAGUCCUCCAAGAGUUCCAAGGACUCCGACCGACAGAAAAGCAAGGAUAGGAAGGCUGGGGAGAAGGAGGAGAAGAAGAAAAAGAGUAGGAAGGACAAAGAGGGAGGUCAAGAGAGGAGCAAAGAGAAGGAGCGAGGGCACAAGACCGGGAAGGAAGUUAAAGCAAGGAGGAGCAGCAGGAGUAGUAGUCGGAAGAGGAAGAAAAGGCAGCACAGCAGCCCAGAGGCCUCUAGAUCCUGCAACUCUUCAGGAAGAGGGGCCCACACUCGACAGCCUUUUUCAAGCCUUCCUGAGGAAAGACAUAGGGAGAAGGAAAGGGACAAAGACAGAGGAAGAGAGAGAGACAGGGACCGAGAAAGGGAGCCAAAUCGAACAAGUAGUCAUCGAAGAGAUGAGAGGGAUCGAGAGUCCAGCCCGAGAAAGGAGGAGACGGAAAGGAAGGGAAGACAACAUUCAAGCAGCAGAGAGCGGGGCGUUUCAAAGAGGUCCAAAAGAAGCCGGGAGAAGAGGGAGGGCGAUGGAGACCGGCAGCGUGAGAGGGAACGGGGUCGGGACGGCCGCCCCGUUGUGCCGCCGUCCAUCCAAGACCUCAAUGGGUCUGACCUGUUUGCCAUCAAGAGAACCAUCACAGUCACCACCACCACAACCACCACCACCGUGCCCGGCUCCCCAAGGCUCGCACCGGCCUCGCCCUGUCGGCCCAUCCAGGACUCUGACAAGCCCCAUAAGAGGAAGAAGAAGAGAAAAUGGCACUCGGCCGGAGAGACGGAUGACCGGGGAAGUUGUCACAGCCAAUCGCAGUCGAUCUCGCCCCCACGGUAUCACGGCUACGACUCGGACAACGAUUCAGACAGAUUGGUGAUUGACGUGUUAUCUUUGGAUGGCGAGGCUUUAGACUCGGACUACCCGUCCCUCGAGGAUACGCCUCCUGCUGCCCUGUGCCCUGACCUGCCGGUCCCCAGCCCCAAAACCAAAACUACCCCCAAGACUGGAAAACAUCACCCGAAAAAGAAAUCCCACGCAUCGAAGAAAAUUGACCAAUCUUCCGCCUCCUCUUCCAAAGGCAAAUGUCUCUCGUCCCUGACAGUCACCUCGGGCUCUGCUGCCGCCUUAUCGGGCCUCCCCUCCACAAAGCGGGCCAGGAAGAUGGGAAAGGACAAAGUACGGGACAAAGGAAGCAGGAAGGACGUGGGUCACUCGGGCAAGUCCAAGAAAGAGAGUGGCGGCAGUCGUAAAGGCAAGCUUCAGUCAAAGGUGUCCGUGCUGGUGCGCGAGGGUGUGAGCAGCACCACGGGGACUUCAGUUGGCUCUGGAAAGAUGGGUAUGGACCUAUUGGGGACGGGGGGUACAGGGGUGGGCGCCGGGGGCUCGCUGGUGGGCGACUCGAUUGCGGUGGUCUUCUGCAGGGACAACGAGAGCAGGUCUCCGUUCCUCAAACCUUGCUCAGAGCCUCUGUCGCUGGGCAACCGCGGUAAAGACCUGGCGGGGAUGGGGAAACGAAGCGGCCAUGUUGCGCCGCCGUCCUCCCUCAGCGGUCCCGCAGGACCGAGAUCCAAGAAGGCAAAACCGAGCUCCAUCACGUCCACAUCCACCUCCUCCUCGGCCUCUUCCCCCUCGUCCUCGCUGGCGAGCAAGCGCCGCCGUCGGCUGGCCAAGAAGACGCGAGAAAAAGGCGGCGCUGUCGGCCCGGCGGCUGGAGACGACGGACACAAAAAAGCCCCGUGCGAGGGCUGGGGGGGCGCCUCCUUGGACGAUCAGUCGGCCACUGGCGAUCGAGGCAAGUCCAUCAGUCCGCAUGUUAGCCAAGCAGGUCCUGCACCCUGCUCCUCUUCCUCCUCCUCGUCCUCGACCAGUGUGCUCCCACCCUCCUCCUCGCCCCCCCACACGCCUCCACCCUCCACGGCUCCUCUGCGUGACACCAGGGAGUCUUCCCCGGACUCUCAAACCGUGGACAGCAGCUGUAAGACUCCAGAGACGUCGUUCCUAGCCGAGGAUUGUCCCACCCAGACCAGCCCCGCGCUCCCAGCAUCCAGUCCGCCCGCCCCCCAGGGAGCGGGCCUCGGCAUCGCCUUGUCUACACCCGCUGCCAAGCCCCCUCCUCCAGACGAUGCGCCCAAAUCCCUGGCCUCGCCCCCAUGCUCGUCCUCUUCCGCCGGCUGUGGCUUCACGUCCCUUUCCUUGCCUCUGUCUUCGUCGGACCCCUCCUCCUCCUCCUCUGUGUCCUCCUCGUCUGCUAGUAAGCCGCCUCCUCCUCCCCCUCCAGCAGUGCCUGCGCUCCCCUGGGGUCUGCCGACCGGGGUGGAUUGCACAACUGGGGGAGUCCUAGCGUUGACUGCUCUCCUCUUCAAAAUGGAGGAGGCCAAUAUCGCCAGCAGAGCGAAAGCACAAGAGUUCAUCCACGCAACCAGCCAGAUUCUCUCCCAGGCCAAUCAGAGCCAGUCGCAGCAGCUGGCUCCUCCCUCCUCAGCCUCCUCUUCACAGAUCCCUCCGCCGCCUUCUCUCUCUCCACCCCCCGGUCUGAGCCCAGCCCAGUUCAUCCUCCACGGCUCCCUUCCGUUGGUCGGCUGCACCAAAAGCCCUCCCUCUCUCCUGCACCCCUCCAUGGGCGGAGGCUGUGCACAGACCCCGCCCUUCAUCAUGUCCAUGGGGAGCUUUGGCGACACUGGCUGGGACAAUGAGAGCAAAGACCCCGAUAAGUACCUAAAGAAGCUGCACACCCAGGAGCGGGCGGUGGAGGAGGUGAAGCUCGCCAUUAAACCGUACUAUCAGCGCAAAGACAUCAACAAGGACGACUACAAAGACAUCCUCAGGAAGGCGGUGCACAAGAUCUGCCACAGCCGCACUGGAGAAAUCAACCCGGUCAAAGUCAGCAACCUGGUGAAGCUGUACGUCCAGCGCUACAAAUACUUCCGGAAACACGGACGCCGAAUGGACGACGAAGAGCGGGAUGACAGGGAGCUGCAUUAGGAUACUUUUUUUUUUAAAGUCCUCCCACCGCCUUCUGCUCAAGUCCUGGGCAAUCCGCUGAUAUUUUAUUUUAACAGUUUUUUUUAUAUCCCACCUUUUAUCGAUAUGCUUUAAUGUGAUCUUCUGGAAGCCCCUCCCCCUUAUCACAAUGAUCUCACUGUAAAUAUGUCUCCCUAUCGAAAAAAAUGUAUCAUGUCCAGGAAGUGGAUGCUAUCAUGCACAGCUGUAUGGUCAAAUACACCAAUACUGCAAUAAAUACUGCCUUUUUAGAUUUGUGUUGACUGUCCGUAAGAAGCUUUGCCAUGGAUGGCAAUGACUGCAGCGUCUUUUUCUCAAUAAGCAUUGAAUUAGCGACUUGAAUCAUGGCUACCCCGUCACUAUGUGUCUCAAAUCCAAGCCCAGGGGAGAUGUAAUACACUACUAGAAGAUGUUGUGAGAACACUACAGCACACUUCCGUCUGCAGACACUGCAAAUACUCUUUGGUUCUGCUGUCUUGUGUUGUGUGUGCAUGUGUUACUGAGGUUGAGAAGGUUGCUAAAUCUCUUUCUAAAAAUGACUUGCCCAACAAAAUAUAAAUGUUGCUUGAAAAACA